AUGCCUCCUAAAUUUACGCCUCGACAGCGAAAGCAUAAAGUGCUUGCGAGAAAUAAAGUCAAUGAUUCCGAGGCACCUGUGGACUCCAACGCGACAGAGAUCCUCCCCUCCUCGAAAGCCGCACAUGAAGAAAAGAAGCAGAAAUUGAAGGCAGAGCUCGCAGGGGAGAAUAAGAUUAGUGGGAAAAAAGCGAAAAGAUUGGAGAAAUACAUCGAGACGAAGCUGAGGAAGGAUGAAAAUAGGAUAUUAAUCGAAAAGCUAUCAAAGAAGAAAGAAGAGGGAGGAUUGUAUGAGAGUAGCAAGAAAUUAGGUCAGGGUUCAUUAACCAGGAGAGAAAGAUUGGCGCGAGCGCUGAAGGAGAGGGAGAGAGGCAUUGAUAUCGAUGGAGAUGGAGAAGAACUGCUGUUCGAAAAGAGGACGGUUAGGGAGAUGGAAAGCGAAAGUAGUGAAGAGGAUGACGAUGAAAUCGAUCAAAAGAAGGAGGGCGGUCUUUUCCAGGGUACUGCGACUGCGACAUCUUCCGCCCCGACACCAAAAGUGUCCGCGCAAACAUUACAAUUUGGUGUAGGCACAGGUUUAAAGAGACCACUCGAGGUGGAUGAUGACGGAAAGCCGGUAAUAAAAAAGCGACAAAGGCGAGGAGGUGUUAAGUCGAGGAUAUCAUCGAAGCCACAGGCGCCGGCCGCGGAACCGGCAUGGGAAGGAUUUUCUUCGAAUUCAGAGGUUGAUAGUGAUGAAGAGAUGAAAUCAGAUGAGGAUUCUGACAAUUCGAAUACGCCAGAUGAGACAGAUGACAAAAAACGUGCAGAGUUAUUGAAGCGUCUUACGGGAAUUUUUGCCGAAGGUGGUGAUGGGAUCGACUCGGACGAUAGCAGUGAGGAAGGAUCUUCGAAUGAGGACAGUAAUGAAGACAGCGAUGAUGAAGACGAUGAAGAAAGCGAUGAGACAAGUGACCCCGAACACGCCCAGCUACUAAAGAACAUUAUGUCCAUUUUCGAAGAAAGUAAAGAGGGGGCCCUUCAAUCAGCGCUUGGAAACGAUAAAGAAGAGAACAAUGAAGAAGGAUCGCCAGACGAAGACAGCGAUGAAGAUGAUAGCGAAGAGAGUAGUGAAGAGGAAGAUGAGGACGAGGCUGCCUCGAGGAAACAGGAACGCUCAUCUGCGUUCAAAGCCUGGGCAACUCAACAAGUAAACGAAGCUUAUGGAUACGAACCAUCAUCAAAUAUUCCAAUUGCGAUAGAAACGCCAAGAAUAGAAGGGUUCGAACCUCGGCCUCUAGAACAGGAUCCUUUACCAGUGGAAUUACAACCAACUACCAAUCUUUCACGGAAGGCAUUUAGUGUUUCGAUAGAAAGACCUUCAAGUAUUCAAGAUGUCAGACUCAAACUCCCAGUCGUAGCCGAAGAGCAGAAAAUUAUGGAAGCAAUUCAUAACAAUAACUUAGUGGUUGUGUAUGGUGCUACAGGUUCCGGAAAAACCACUCAAGUACCACAAUUCUUAUACGAAGCUGGCUAUGGUACUAAAGAUUCACCCAAUCCUGGAAUGAUUGGAGUUACACAACCUCGAAGAGUUGCAGCCGUCAGUAUGGCAAAACGUGUAGGUGAUGAGCUUGCUGAUCAUGGUAAGCGAGUCGCCUAUCAAAUUCGAUUCGAGGGAACAGUAAGUUCAGAAACUGCUAUCAAAUUCAUGACGGAUGGUGUACUUUUGAGAGAGGUUGCCCAAGAUAUUGCUCUGAGAAAAUACUCCGCCAUUGUUAUUGAUGAAGCUCACGAGAGGAGCGUGAAUACCGAUAUUCUUAUUGGUAUGCUCAGUCGAGUGGUAAAGUUGAGAGAGGAAAUGGCUGAAGAAGAUCCGUCUAUCAAACCAUUGAAACUUAUUAUCAUGUCCGCUACUCUACGAAUUACAGAUUUUACAGAGAACAAGACAUUAUUUUCUACUCCACCACCGGUACUUCAAGCAGAGGGUAGACAAUACCCGGUCACUACUCAUUUCGCCCGAAAGACUCAUCAUGAUUAUGUCGAAGAAGCAUUCAGAAAGAUUAGCAAAGGACAUCGCAAACUUCCCCCAGGAGGAAUUUUGGUAUUCUUAACUGGUCAGAAUGAAAUCACACAUCUCAGCAAAAAGUUGAAAGAAGCUUUUAAAAUAGGCUCUACUACCACAGGACCACAAGUUCGCAUAUCCGGAAAAGAUGCACCUAUGGAAGCUGAAGAUAUCGAUUUUGGUGAAACUAUGGACACGUCCAAUGACGAUUAUGUCGAUGAUGAUGACGAAGUUACGUUUAAUGAUGAUGAAGAUUUUGAUAUCGGAGAAGAAGCAGAUACUGGCCCUUCAAAGAUGCACAUAUUACCAUUGUAUUCCUUACUGCCUACGAAAGAACAGUUGAGAGUUUUCGAACCACCCCCAGAUGGUUCACGGUUGAUUGUAUUGGCCACUAACGUUGCUGAAACAUCUCUUACAAUCCCUGGUAUUCGUUAUGUUUUCGAUUGUGGAAGAUCAAAAGAACGCAAAUACGAUAAAACAACUGGUGUACAAAGUUUUGAGGUCGGAUGGAUUAGCAAAGCCAGUGCAAGCCAACGUGCAGGUCGUGCUGGACGUACUGGUCCUGGACAUUGUUAUCGAUUUUAUUCAUCAGCUGUUUAUGAGAGAGAUUUUGAAGAAUUCGCGGAGCCGGAAAUAUUACGAAUGCCUAUCGAAGGUGUGGUUUUACAACUCAAGUCCAUGAAUUUGCAACACGUUGUCAAUUUCCCAUUCCCAACUCCUCCAGAUAGACAAAGUCUUGCGAGCUCCGAAAAACUUCUCACUUACCUCUCUGCAAUCUCUCCUUCUGGUCAAAUAACCCCAACUGGUUCUAUCAUGUCUAUCUUUCCACUUUCACCACGAUUUGCUCGUAUCCUUUUAGUAGGACAUUUACACGAUUGCCUUCCCUACACCAUCGCUCUUGUAGCAGGUCUCUCUGCUGCCGAUAUAUUUAUUCCCGAAAACCAAGUCAUUCCCGCCGCUACUCCCCGUGAGGAUGAAGACUCAUACCUCACUACCGCCGAAAAAAUCGAACAAGACGCACGUGCAAAUCUCCGUCGUCAAUUCAACAAAGUUCACCAAUCUUUCUGUUUCCUUGACGAUAGAUCAGAUGCCAUCAAACUCCUUCAAGCUGUUGGUGAAUUUGCCCACGAACCCACAGAGUCAUGGUGUGCAUCUCACUACGUACGCUACAAGACUCUCAAGGAAAUCUCGCAAUUGCGUCGUCAAAUCACAGAUCUUUUGAGAACCAAUAUUCCCGCAUUCGCAGCUUUGAAAUAUGAAGAAAAACUAGCGCCGCCCACUGCUAAACAAGUCAAAGCACUCAAGCAAAUGGUUGCUGCAGGGUUCAUCGAUCAUGUCGCAAUCCGAGCAGAUCUAUCCCCGACACAACCCGAAGCUUACAGGAAACCCAAGAGAGCAAUCGACGUUCCUUACAUUACACUCUUCCCCUCCCAUCUCCGUGUUCCUAACAAACACAACGAUGAAGAUCAAGAACAAGACAAAGCAGUCUAUAUCCACCCUGCGUCUCCUUUAUCUCAUCUCUCGCCAAACGAAUGUCCUGAAUAUAUUAUCUACUCGUAUUUGCAGAAACCGGCUGAGGAUGUCAAUGCAGAUGGAUCGAGAAAGAGACAGAAGACUCGAAUGCAUAGUUUGACGGAUGUUACUGGAGGACAACUUGCGGGCUUGGCCAAAGGGACAAGUUUGUUGGAGUAUGGAAAACCGAUUAAGGAAGUGAUGGUUAAGGAUAAGAAGACGGGGAAGGAUGCGGGUGCAGAGGAAAUGAGAGAGUGUUGGGUGGUGCCUUAUUUGAGAGCAGAGGGGACGGGUGGUCUCGGUUGGCCAUUGCCGGCUAGGAAGGUAGUGCAGAGGAAGGUUAAAGGGAAGGGAUGGGUUGUUGAGUAA